AUGUCAAACGCUCCUCUUCCCCGGGUCGCCGACCUGUCUUUCGAGUCGUUGUUCUUGAGGUAUAUUCUGGCUGGGUGUAGUGCCGUCAUUCUCUGGGACAUCCUGAGCAACUUGAGAAGCGAGUUUAUACUUCUCGUCCGGCAUAGGUUCAGGGUGGCGACGGGGGUGUAUAUAAUUUCAAGAUUAUCAACAAUCGCCUUCGUUGUAAUGGCCACAAUGUACGGGACCGCGCCGAUCCAAGCAUGCAGCCAAUACGUGCUCGCAGUGCACAUCCUCAUGGCCGGCUCCAUCGGCACGACCUCCCUCCUCUUCCUCAUCCGCGUGCGCGCAAUCUACGAAGCAAGCCCGCGCGUCACCGCCUUCUUCGCGCUCAGCUGGCUCGCCGUGCUCGGCUGCUUCAUCUUCACCCUCCAAGGCCUCGAAGCGUACCCCGAGUCCAACCCCUCCGGCACCCUCGUCUACUGCGCAACAGGCAGAAUAUCGCCCUACAUCGCACUCGACUUCGUCAUGCCGCUCGUACACGACACCUUGGUCUUCCUCGCUAUCUCCUGGCGACUCGCCACCAACACACUCUACAACAACGCAAAUCGCGAUAGCAUAAUUAAACAAGGCGUUCGGGCCAUGGUCUUUGGCCAUUACAUGCCCGCUUUCUCAAGAGCUCUACUCCAGGACGGACAAAUAUACUAUCUAACCACCAUUACUACCGGACUUCUCGCGUUUGUGAUGCUUUUCAUAACCAGUGCCGAAGUGACAUGGAAGACAACAUUUCUGGUUCCCAAUAUGAUGCUCAUGAACAUCAUGGCUUGCCAUGUUUUCAGAAAGACAAAACUAGGUAUUUUUACUGAAAGUGGAGUGUCCACUAUUAACCCUCCUACCCUUCCUAUCGCUUUUCACGUUCCAACCGGAGCUAGUAGUCCCUAUAUACCACGAUAA